ACCUAAAAACCAGGAAGUAAUAUCAACAUAUUACCUGUGGUAGCCUCUCUACAACAGUCGUCUUUGUGCUUCAGUGUCUUGUUCGUAUGCAGUAGGACACAGUUAGGUACCCAACAUGGGUUGGUCUUGGAUGGGACUGUUGGUGGUCUGUGUCACUGUGACCCUCACUGAUGCAGAAUGUCACUGUGCCAGUGCAGCUGCCUGUGCCGUGUUCCCCUCUACUCCCUGUAGCCAGGUCGGUGAUCCAGACAGAUGUCAGGAAGGAUGGUUCGGUUCCUACUGCCGGAAACAAAACAUUGCUUUGCGGAGAUCUUGUAGCCAGAGCAGUACGUUUGGUGGUGGUGGAUUUGGAGCAGAUCGGGGUGUAGAUGGCACCGCCGCAACGACUGCCACGCCAUCAACAUGUACUCAUACACAGAAUGAGACAAAUCCCACCUGGACUGUGAACCUGAACACUUCAGUUCCAGAGAAGAUACAACAUAUCAGACUCUAUCUACGUGAGACCUUUCAGGAGAGAAACAUCGGCAUGGAGAUACUUGUGGACAGCCAGAUGUGCUACAACUGGUUAUCAACUAAACAUCCUCCUCCUAUAGCUAACGUCACCUGCCGCCAGCCAUUGACAGGAACCACGGUCACUAUACGGAUACCUGGUGACAGUAAAGCCCUCACUUUGUGUGAAGUGCAGAUAUUUGUUUGCAGUGACGGAUGGUUUUCUGAAGAUUGUGACAAACAGUGCCGAUGCCUUAACAGUAAUGAUGUAUGUGACAAGAUCACUGGGCGCUGUUCUAGUGGAUGUUUCCCAGGAUACCAUGGUGUCGACUGCCAAACAGUAUGUCCAGAUGGUUUCUUUGGUAUCAACUGUGCCUCAAUGUGUGGAAACUGUCUGGAUGGUGUAAUCUGUGAAAAGACAAGCGGGGCCUGUCCUGGAGGAUGUGCAGCAGGAUGGAUAAAUGACGACACAAAGUCAUGUCGGCAGCCAUGUCCCGAUGGUUCCUAUGGUAUCAACUGUGCCUCCCAGUGCGGAAACUGCCUCAAUGGUGUUAGCUGUGACAAAACAACAGGAACCUGUCCUGGAGGAUGUGCAGCAGGGUGGAUUGAUGACAACAAACAGUUAUGUGUGCAGCCAUGUCCAGAUGGUUUCUAUGGUACCAACUGUGCCUCUCAGUGCGGGAACUGCUUUCGUAGUGUCAGCUGUGACAAGAAAAACGGAACCUGUCCUACAGGAUGUGCAGCAGGAUGGGUCAAUGACGGCACAUGCCUACAACUUAUCACCACUGAGGAGGGAUUCAACUGGGGAGUGCCAGCAGUAGUGGUUCUUUCUCUGUUGCUGAUGUUGAUAGUGAUUGGAGGAACCAUAUACAUUAGAAGAUUGCUGAGAACUGAAGAGUUUGAAGAACAAGACGUCAGAGGAACACUAUGUGGAACUCGAUGAAAUGACAAAGGUUCCUGCAAGAGAAGGUACAUACGAACAUAUCGGUAAUGCAACUACCUACAACACUACAUUCGAUCGUGUUCAGGAUGAAACUGGAUGAGACGACAAAGAUUCUUGAUACAGAAACAUACAUGCGAACAUUUUGACACUGCAUAGUAUCAUUUUCAUAGAUCAUGUUGAGGGUGAACUUAACUCACUGAGAUGCCACAAUCGAGAUACAAUCUGUCUGCCUUAGGUAGGUGGGAUGUGGCGAUAUUUAGAAACAACUGUCUAAGUGUGAUUCUUUUCCCAUGAAGAUCUGUGUAAUAUUAUUCAGAAUCUGACAAGCGUGUGACUCAAAGUGAAUAUCAUGUCUACAAUAUAAGAACACCAGUGAUAUGGAUGAACACAACAGAUUUUAUCUCACACAUACUAGCUGCAACAUUGAACUUCUCAAACCUAGUCGCCGUUUCAGACACGAAAUCCACAUAUCCGCCAUAUAAUAAUAAUGGUGAUACUCUUCUGCGGCCAUGAGUUUGCUUCGCUUAAAACCUAACAUAUCGGUUUGCUCCCUAUUAUUCCCUUUCCUUCCUUUCCUUGAAAGACAUGGUACUGACUCCCCCAUCAGCCCAUUGCAGCAUGCAGAGCUUUGUGUAGUCGCAGUAGCAAAUGACUAUAUUUCUGUCAAUUCAUUGUCAUAAGUUUUGUUGCUUGACAUGUAUUGUUCAGAAUUACCCCCUAAUAGUUUUUAAGUCAAAUGUCAUAUUAAAUAAAUGAGUUCAAUAAAACAAUUUGUGCAGUC